AAGUACGUUGCUUUUUGCGUUUGAAACGGAACGGUUAUUCCUAAAGUGAUUUGCAUUUCUCGAAUUUAUGCAGUCUUUACGCAAUAAAAGUAUCGUUUUUAACCCAAACAAUACAUCCUAAGCUUAAUGCUUGGUAGAUUACUUCCCUUGAGCCCUUUCCAAGUUAAUAGUUGACUGUGGUUUUGUCUCAAAUUACUAUUUGAUUUUUCACUUUUUCACGUUACAGCUAGUUUUCACCUAUCCAAAUUUUUCGCACCACCCGUUUCUAUCAAUCUUAUCCGUUUUGAGUGUGCUGUUUUUUGUCUUAUGGUCGUAGACCUUUUCUAGGAUCUGUUAAAAAUUACUGCGAGACUAAUUUAUGGAUGAACCAAUCAGAUAUAACAUGACAUGUCUUGGAUUUCGGCGCAGAAUUCACUCACUCAUUUGGCUAAAUAGAGUUUCGUCAUUGUAGCUGAUAUCAGUUCGUGAUGAAAACCCUAAAUCUAAUUCCUAUCCUUAACCAUCAGCUGUAAAUAAUAAUUGUAGUUCCUCACCCUGGUUUAUAAACCUUAUUAAGUUCUUGUUAGUGGGUGGGUAUUCUUAAGGUCGGUCUAGCGUCUAUUAAAGGUCAUCCAAAUAUUGUAAUUUCACCAAAAUCUCACAUUACCAAGCGACCCGGAUGCCAAUUUAUUGUCACCUCUGGAAUGCAGUGUGAUAAAUGCAAAUGUUGGUUCCACAAAGCAUGAACAGAUCUCACAGUAACUACUUACGACAGACUUAGUAACUCGGAUACUAGGUGGGUAUGUGUCACGUGGAAUAUGAGUGUUGAGGACUGGCUGAGCACCACCAUCAUUCUCUUGAUGGGUCUGUGGAAAAAAGUUGUCAGUAAACCUGAAAAAAGAUAGUCUUAAGACAGGUAGGCAAACAAAGGAGCGCGGCGAAGAAAAAAAAGGGACAUCGGCAACGCUAGUAUCGACGGAACAUGCGUCAACACCAGUAAGGACAUGCUGAAGCCUAGCACCAUCAUAAAAUCGACAGCACUAGACUCACCCAGCAAAAUUGUGUCUCCCAGCACAGGGUCUCUGAACGAAACAGGUCCCCAAAAGCUCUAUAGGUGGUUGGACUCCCGUCAACAAAGUUAAAAAGAACUGUCUCACCGUCUAGAAAGCAGAACAUCCCAGGUAUUGUAGUGAAACCGAGUGGUAAUUUUGCCAUACAGUCUACCCCUAAUACUGUCCAGUCAGUCAGUAAGGAAUCUGAAACGCACUUCGAUUACCAAAAAAAGUUGCAUCCUGAACGUAUACGAAAACCUAGGAAAACAAUCAGGGUUCGCGACGAUUCUCGUAAUCAUGGACCUUAAAGACAGCUCUGACCUCCUCAAUCUACAUGGCCAAAGUGACAGAAUGCUUUAAGAAAGAGUUAAACAGGAAGCUCGAACUUCCCAAUAUAGAGCCUCUGACUGUCAUACGGCUCACUCGGGGAAAGGACUUCAAGGAUCAAAACCACCCAAGACUGAGUCGGCGCAACGCUCACUAACGCUGCCGAGGCAGUGGAUGUUCUGCUGGCUAGUCACUCACUGAAAUCAGGUGGGGAUGUAAAAAUAAUGCCUGACAUACUGUAUUCUGAAAGCGAUAUCAUCAGGUCCAUUCACAUAAGGCUCAUAGAGAUAGACAGGAUGGGGAAGAUCUUGGGUUUCGAACUGAAAGCAUAAAUUAGUUAUAUAUGGAUGCCACGAAUUUACCAAAUAAAAUGGAUAAGCUGUGCGACUUUAGUAAUACUAAUGAUACUCAUUCGAUAAGAAUACCUCAAUUUACGGAUCGGGAGCUAGCAAUACUAGGGAUAUCUUUAUUUCGCAACGACAGAAAAAACAGGAAUGGGGGUGGAGCAACCUUGUGCCUGCGAUCUUGCUUAAAAGUACAUCAAGUGCACAACCAAGAGUUUAUCAGUCUUGAUGAAUCUGUAUGUGUUCUAUCCACUUCCAGCGCUUCUGAUUUUCUCCUCUGCUGGAGUCUGGUUUAUUCUCUCCAACAGUAGGUUACUUCUGAUAGUGUUUGGCCAACGGAUCCGAAGUAUUUCGCGCAGACAACUGUUAUUAACCACUCGUAUCUUUUAGAUGAUGGAUUUCACAGUUCUACAAGUUUCCGCCCCAUACAGUAUUGAAAAUUCUGACCUUGGUGUUGGUUGACAGUUGUUUUGAGUUCCAGAUGUCUUUCGAUUGCAGAUAUGCUGCUCUUGCUUUGCCGAUCCGCGCCUUCACAUCUGCAUCACAUCCACCGUGCUCAUUAAUGAGGCUGCCCAGGUAUGUAGAGGUUUUUGCAUCAUCCAAAGCUCCCCGUCAAGUGUGAUUCCAUUGGUGCAUGUGGCAUCGGGGAAUCUUGCUUUCCCCUUUGUAUACGUUGAAACCUACUGCUGCUGCUACGCUGGUCGUCUUCUGCAUUUGUUGUUGCGUAUGCGAUAAAAGAACCAGAUCAUCUGUGACGUUUAGGUCGUCCAGCAGUAUCCUGUGCUUACCUCAGAUGAAGAUGUCUUCAUAAUCCAGCCGAUCACCAGGAGAAAGGGUCAGAGUAAGCAACCUUGCUUGACACCGGUCUUUACUUCGAACGAGUCUAUGGGCUGUUCUCCAUGCACGAUUUUGCAGUUUAAUAAGAAUUGUUGACUAUCUUCUUAGGCACGGCAGUGUCGAAGAAGCGAUGCAUAUAUAUAUAUAUAUAUAUAUAUAUAUAUAUCCUGAGUCAUGAAUUUACAUAUCACUUUUCGUGUAUUGGUUUUUAAAGCCUGCAUUAUUGCUUUAUCUCUCAGAAUAGAUAUAAAGUCCCUCAUCCUUUUGUCUAUACACUCGUAAACUAGUAGCGGGUGUAUCAUCAUUAUAUUUACAUCCAAAAGUGCAAUUUAUUCAUCUGUAAAGAUUAUUCAGUAGAUAUCUUGAUUUACAAUCCAGGUUUUUCAGAAUAAUUGCAGAUAAUUAUCUGGGUGGGAAGCACGGGAUAUUGUGAACUUGAAGCGAAAUUCAUGAGGCGUUACUCUAAUUCUGAUUGGUUAACCCAAGGCUGUCAUUAUGUUGUACUUUUACCACUUUCUUAUUUGCACACUGCCGUUUCAGUUUGAGAUAUUAUUAUAUAUUGUUUAAGCUUCCGUUGGAGUUCACUACGCGAGCGACCGACCGACUAAACUAAUUAUCCUUGCUAUAGGUAAAAUCUGGUAGUGACUUGAUCACGGUGUUCAAAUUGGUUAGUUAUAAUUCUUCACUUAAAAUGCCAUCAUAACUCAUGUCCUUCAGAAUAGAGAAUCUAGAAGGACACUACGUGGAGAUUCACAAGCCCAGAAACUAGUACUUAUGGGGUGACUAUCAACUUUUCUAUAGAAACAUCAAACGGUGGAACUCCGUAAAACCACAUUGUAAGGUUCCACACGUAGGCUCAUUUAGAAGAAAUUUAGAUUCGGUAAGAGACCCCAUCACCAGGACUUACAUAACUCAUCCAUUGCUUUGUCUUUAUCAAACUGGAUAAAAACAGAGAAGGAAAUCAAACCACAUGUUACUUAUCACUAGGAAUAUAUAAUCCGAGUCGCUACAUAAACACCAAUUCAAUCAAAGAACCCGAACUACUACCUAACAUCAAUAAGUGAAUCUGCAAUAUGUGCGGUGCAGAACUGCACCUUUCGUCAAAAACGCUCUUUUACCACUCAGACACAUCAAUAAACAGAUAGUUCGCUUAUUCUGCCGAGCAAAGUUUGAGUUGGUUUAUAUUAUCUAGUCAAGGUAUUGAACAUAAUACCUUGUCUUGCAUUACUUAGAUUUUCAACUGUUUAACAGAUGGCUAGUUAUAAUUAUUUCGAGACCAUUGUACUUAUGAUAUUGACGCAAAAAUUUUCUAUUACAGAGAGACAAAGAGUGAAUAUAUUGGAAAGGAAGAAAGUCCUGAAAAUACGAUAAUACAUAAAACCCAUAACUUGUAAAGAUGGUCUCUAGUUGUACUCUCUUAUUCCAUUUUGGAAUACAAACCCUUGCCUCCUGUCACUCCGAGUCCUCCUUUUGUGACUGUUCAAUUGUGCUUGCUGCGCUGCUCCCGGUCACUGAAGAAUUCACAGCGAACGACUGAAGGAUAGAAUAUAUCAGCGAUAGUUGGGUGUAAAGAGUGCUUAUAUCUUCAUAAAUUGAGCGGUAUGAUAAUAUUUGGAUGUGGUGUGUUAACGUAGUAUUUCAUCAUCAACCAAACGCGGCGUCCUAUAAGAGUUCAUAUCGCCCCACCCAUUUGUUAUCAGAUAGCGUCUAUACGCUAUUAUCAAGCUUAUCAACUAACAGCCAUUUCGAAUAGUAGGAUUACUAAACAACAGCUAAUAUAUUUUCGAUCAAUCACCUGUGCAAUUACUUGGUUCGAUGCGCGGUUUUGCGUAGUAUAUUUGGCUGACAGUCAACCCAAACUUAAAAUAUAUAACACCCUUCAUUUGAUGAGUUCUUGAGUAGACAUUUUUCAUAAGAAAGUGUUCUCUGUCAUGAAUUGUUAUUGUUAUAGUCACCCGAAUAACAAUGACCAUCUAGGAGUCCGUGCUUUACUUCUGAAUUCAUGUAUUUAUUAACUUGUUAUUGUUAUUAUAGAAAUUCAAAGUAUGGUUGAUUGAAUAAUAGAUUCCGCAUUUCGUCACUCUAAAUCGUGUCAUAUAUGACAUUUAAGGCACAAAGGGGAUUCAAAACUUCAGUGUAAAAAAACUAAGAGGUUGGUGAUGAAUGGAAUAAAAGUAUGAUUUUGGGGUGGAUUCAUAUUAUGCGACGUUCUAUAUUUAUGGUGGUUGAUGAUAUAGAAAUUUCAAGCAAAUGUUUGACAACUUUUCUAUUUACUGAUACCUUCUGAGACUGCUUGCUAGACAAGAGUACGGGGAAACAAGAGUUAAAUGUUAAGAUUUCUUAAUCAGGAAACUCUCUCUGAAAUAUAUUUUGAUUUCUAUAUACAGCCGUAUGUAUUUUCGCUUAAGGUUGUGCGCUCUAGCGUUUAAUAUUUUUUUUAGACUUUUGAGGUCAUAUAAUGUCAAGUUUGCUAAAAGAUUGCAUUAAAUACUUUCACACGAAGAACUUAUAUGAAGUCUUAGGAGUGACUAAGAAGUGUGACAAAACUGAACGUAAAUAUACAAUAUGAAAUAUGUCAUCUUUUUAUAGUUCGUAAAGCUUUCUAUAAAUUGUCUUUACUUCAUCAUCCUGAUCGCCAUGACAGUGACUCAAAGUCAGAGGCGACAAAACGUUUCCAAGUACUGUCUAGAGUCUAUUCGUACAUGGAAGAUGACGAGAAACGUAAAGUCUAUGAUGAGACAGGUGUUAUCGAUGAAGACGAUGAGAUCACAGGCAAAUCAUAUGAUGAUUGGGUUAAAUACUGGCAACUUUUGUUUCCUAAAAUCACAACUGCACAAAUAGAUGACUAUUGUAAAAAGUAUAAAGGAAGUGAACAGGAAACGGAAGAUUUGGUCAAGAUCUACAAUCGCUCUAAAGGUGAUAUGGAUAUUAUAAUGGAGUCUUUAAUGCUCACGUCAUAUCGAGAUGAAAGUCGAGUUCGCGGUCUUAUUGAUAAAUUGAUAUCUAGUGGUAAAAUUGAUGCAUAUACGAAGUACACACAUGAAAGACCUGAGAAAGCAAAGAGAAGAGCUAAACGAGCACUAGAGGAAGAAAAGUUGUUUGCAAAGGAACAGAACAGUAAAAACAAAAAACAGAUAGUUGAUGUUAACGAAGAUUUGGAUACAUUAGCUAAGGCAAUUCAAGCACGACAUGAAAAUGCAUUAAAAUCAUCAGAAAACUUUCUGGAUAAGAUUGCACAGAAAUAUAGUUCAAAGCAACAGUCGCCAGCUAGGAAAAAGCCUACUAAGGUUUCAAAAACUUCGAAGAAAAAAAAAUAA